GACCAUGUCGCGGGUAUACGGCGUGCCAACCAACCAUCAUAGCAUCCAGCUAGAGCUCGAGGAGAUGAGGCUCAAGCUUGAAGCCGAAAGCAAGAUUACCAACGGGCCGAUCCAGGAAUGGCUGGGUAUGUGGAUGGCGCCGAAGAUGGCGUACAGGUUGGCGAUUGGCAUGGGACUGCAAAUGUUUCAACAGUUGACAGGUGCAAAUUACUUCUUCUACUACGGUACUGUUGUCUUCGCUGGUACCGGUAUCAAGAACUCGUUCGUUACGCAGAUGAUCUUGAACGGCAUCAAUUUUGGUGUAACCUUCUAUGGCUUAUACAUUGUCGAACACUACGGUCGACGCAAAUCACUCAUCGCCGGCUCAGUCUGGAUGUUCAUCUGCUUCCUUAUCUUUGCGUCCGUCGGCCACUUCGCGCUCGAUCGCGACAACCCGGAGAACACUGAGAGUGCCGCCACAGCUAUGAUUUGCUUUGCCUGUUUCUUCAUCUUUGGUUUCGCAACAACAUGGGGUCCAAUGAUUUGGACAAUCUGCGGAGAACUAUAUCCCAGCCGCUACCGCGCAAAAGCAAUGGCUCUAUCGACGGCAUCGAACUGGCUCUGGAACUUCCUCCUCGCCUUCUUCACACCUUUCAUCACCGGCGCCAUCGACUUCCGCUACGGCUACGUGUUUGCCGGAACUAACGUCCUCGGCGGCCUCAUCGUGUACUUCUUCGUCAUCGAAGGCCAGGGUCGCACGCUCGAGGAAAUCGACACCAUGUACUUGAUGGGCGUGAAGCCGUGGGAGAGCGCGAGAUGGGUCGUUCCCAGCCUCGACGAAAUGAGUGGGGACGUGAGACAGAAGCUUGAGGCGGCGAACCCGGAGCUGGCGCUUCAGAAAGAGACUAAUGGGGGUGUGCAUGCUGAGGAUGGUGGAGCGAGGGGCGAGGAGGAUGAGGCGAUUCGUAGGAGUGUUAUGAGGGAUGGGAGUGAGGAGGGAUUGAGGGAGAAGUCUGAGACUGAUGUUUAAUCGAAUUGCUGGGGAUGAGGUGGCUGUUUGGAUUACCUGGGUGAAGCAGAUUAACUCUUUACUGACUGACAUACAUAAUAAAGCUCUGAUACUCGCAUCUCUGUCUUCUGUUCUUUAAGUCUUAGGUGUCG